AAUUACCGCAGCGCCACCUGACGGAGAAACCCGAUGCGUUCAGGGCUGUUUGUGUUUCCAGUAAAAAGAAAGUGAAAGAUAAGAGACUCGACCGAACAGCUUCGACUGGGAGUAAGUAUAACAAAAUACCGUCUGAGAGAACUAUGGUCUUAAACCUUUUAAGAGAUAUUACGGUAUAUUACAAAUGCUGACAAGAGUUGUUAAUUUUACCAAAUCUACGUAACUGUGCGUGUUUUAAAAGUUGAGAUGUAGGUCUGUUAAAGAAGUGAAAGACCGGGGUUGUCUUUAGCCUUAAUUCAGGGCCUGUACUUUAAAGAGCUUGGUUUAUUAUGCUGACAUGUACUCCGUUUAAAAUACGUACCUUCUAUUUACAGAAAAAGAGUUCAAACCUGUCACUGUGUUUCUUUGCUGUGACUGUAUCCAGGUGAUAUUGACUUCAGCAUGUCUGAUGAGGUGAGACGCCUUUUUCGUAAUGUUAUGUUCGUUGUUUGCGUAAUAAACUUCCUAUUCUCUUUAGCUGACCUCUUACUGAGAGAUUAUGUCCGCCCAGCUUAAAGCGUGCAGUGUUGUCUUUUAUCUGAUUUAUGAGUAAUAUGAGUUUGUUAGAUCUUUAAUAUCUUCAUCCCUCCUGCUUUAGGAGUUCUCCCUGGUGAUGGCAGACCAGAAGCCAUCAGAGGACAGCCUGGAGGCCAUCGAAGCUUUGACUAACAAACUUAAGGUGGACUAAAAUUCAUGACUUCUUAUAAAGAAGUGUAGAUGGAUCGCUUUGUCUUAAAUGAUCACUACUAGAAAAACAAUUAGUUGUAAGGUCAUUAUUUUACACGUUGUAGGAGACGCUACAUGAAAGCAAAUAUAUGCAUGCGUGCCGACCAUAGACUGUAUAUAAGAGUAUAUAUAAGACUGUAUAUAACAGCGUAUCCCCCCGGGAGAGCUACACAAUCCCUGAACGCCCAUAGGCUGUACCAGGUGUCAAUCAUAGAAAACAUGAACUCCCUAAUAACUUUUAAAAACGGAGCUGUACAGAAAAAAAGGACUUGGGCACAAACCAGUCUUACAAUAACUAUAUGUCAACAUCACAAGCAGGGGAGAGAAAAAAUUAUGUUCUGUGUAAUAAAUUUCUAAAGUUUGUCCAUAGUCCCAUAAACUUUGCUGGCGGAGGCGGGAUUUAUGACCUGUACUGCAGCCCACCAUCAGAGGGUGCUGUUCUCGGAGUGGCUUCACCCAGCGAGGAGGCCGACUCUGUCCAUCUUAUAUACAGUCUAUGGUGCCGACUGUCUUAAAUACGCACCUUACCUUAGACAAAUACUACAAUAUAAGAGCAUUCUUGAACCAAAUCUGAAAGAAAGACGGUUCAUUAAUUUAAGCAAAAAAAAGUCAUUUUUGUGUCAAUGAAGGAUAAACGAGAUAUCAGAGAGACUAAAGUAUCUAAGGUGCUGACACAUACCAGAAUGAAUUUGCUCAGAAGUGUAUGAAGUAUGCACAGAAGAGUCUCGUAUAUUUAACCCCAGUUUGAUUCAAAGAACAGUAACUUUCCAAUGAGCUUGAUCAUAAUGAAGAUAUAAAGUUGGCGAACGCUGCUUUUGGGUGCACAGAAACAACACGAGCAGCUGCUGCAGGACCAGAAAGAACUGGCCACCUGCAGAGACGACCUGCAGGACCGGGCUAAAAAGUUUAAGGAGCGCACAAAAAAACUGUCUCAGGAUCUGAAAGAGGAUGAGGACUCCCACAAGGAGGAGAUUAGAAAAGAAAAGGUAGGAGUCUCAAUUUAAAGUCCCCCCCUUCCUUCUUUGUUCAAUCUCUCUUUUAUUAAGAAAUGGUCAUUGGGAAAUGGGAAACAAUUAAUAUAAACAGACCAGAUUUUCUCCCUCUGUUUUAUUCCUCUGUCUGUAACCCAAGCAGUUUAAUAUCCUUUAACUGAGGAUCUGACUAAACUUAAACCUGCACCGCUCUCAUCCACACUGGCUUUAUACUGUGGAGCUGUGUGAGUGCAGUCUCCUUUUCCAUCUCCCAGCCGUAUACUCAUAAUACUUAAGUUGUGAUAGUUUCUCAAACUGUGGAACAACUUCUCUCACCUCCUCUUCAGUCCAAAUGAUCAGCUUUGUCACGACUGUCUAUGUGCAUGCACACAUGCAUGGAUAAAAAUCAUUGAUUUAAUAACAAGCAUGAAUCAACCCUUCUGUCCCCAUUUUAUCUUUUAUCUGUCAUCUCUUAUACCUCUUAUCUUUUUUUGACUUUACUGUCUUUUAAGCUUUUGUUAUACUUGUACUGUUUUCUUAAUUAACCUUUUAGGCCUUUUAUUGUUUUAUCUCUUGCUCAUUUAUCUGUUGCUCUAUUUUAUCAUUACUAUCAUUAUCAGUAUAACCUGUUAAUAUUUUAUUAUCAUUGGUUAUAUUGCCUUUUAUAUUUACUGUCCUGUUUCCACUUUCGAGCCCCCUUUUAAUGGCAUUUUCUUUUUUCUUAACUAUUUUAUGUUUUUAUUUUGGUCCUCGUGGUCUCAUUUUAUGUUGCAUGGUUCUUGUAUUGUCUGGGCUCCUCAUGACAUAAAAUGGCCUUCAAUUCUGGUUUAACAAAACUUGUUUUGAUCUGUCUUUUUUCAUGUGCUUUAUGACUAUAUGUCAAAGCUCUUUGUAAACUUCUGUUUUUAAAAGUGCUGUUCAAACAAAUUUAUUAUUAUGAUUAUUAUAAGUAGUAGUAUUAGUAUUUUGCAGCAUUUCACAGGCUUGGUAAAAAUGGAGUGUAAUAUUUUUUUAGUAAGGUUUAAUGCGUGUGCACUUGACACAGCUAAAUUUUCCCAUUUCCACACACAGUAUGUUAAAAGUACUGUAUCCUCCAGUUGUAUAGCUUGCUUGUGUUUUUUUUUCUUACUUUGAAAUAUGAAAUACCUUCUACCCUUUGCUUUUGUGAGGUCUAAAGGAGGCGCCCCCUGUUGACAUCUUAGUACCUCUUAUCUUUAGUCUUGUGUGUAAGAAAGUAGUCCAUCCAGACUGGUCUGUUUUUCAGCUGGUUAGAGAUUUCCUACUGCGCUUUAAAUAAUCACUGUGAGAAAUGACUUCAUUGAAACAGUUGGAAUGGUUUCCUUCUUUAUCUGGUUGUUCUUUAUGAGCUCAUCUGUCUUCACUCAACUUGGAAAAAAAAAUUGGGGCUGCAAAUGAGGCUUUAAAACCAAGUUAACCUUUCAAACCUUUUCACUGUAAAUUUUGGGUCGGUAUAUACACUACAGGCCAAAAGUUUGGAGGCAAGAUCAGACUUAUACAAAAAAGAUCAUAGUUUCAUAUGUAUAAUUUGCAACACAAUAAACAUGACUAUUGUGUAAAGAGUAACUUAUCAGAAGACAUUUUGACUAUAAUUAUUAGGUAUUUGAGUUAUUGUUGCUUAGACUUUGCUUUCUUUAAAGUAACCUCCUCUGGCUUUAACAACAUAUACCAGGCAUUCGUUCCACAAGUUUUUUUAAGGUACGUUCCAGGGAUUGCAUUCCAAGCUUUCUUAAGUUCAUUAAAAAGAGACUGCUGAUUCGUGGGACACGUUUUUCUGACCGAUCGAUCCAAUUAAUCCCGCACAAGCUCAGUUGGAGAAAGGUCUGGAGACCGAGGGGGCCAAACCAUCUUUUGAAGAACACCUCCCUCUUCUUUUUUGUCUAGGUAACCCUGACAGAGCUUGGCAGAGUGCUUAGGGUCAUUUUCUUGCUGCAAAACAAACUUAUGAGCCACAAGUCUUAGUCCAGAUGGAACAGCAUGGUGCUAGAGGGAGUGGUACUGUUCCUUCUUCAUAAUACCCUUUACUUUAAACAAACCUGCAAAACAUCCCCAAACCAUGGAGCUACCAUCUCGAUGCUGAAUUGUGGGUGUAACACAUGGUGCUUUCAGACGUUCACCAAUUUGUCUGCGGAUAUAGACUCUGCGUUUUGAACCAAACAGUACAAACUUGUUUCUAGUCAUCAAAAGUCCAAUUUUUGUGUGCGUAUGCCCACUCAUAUCUCUUUUUCUUGUUCUGUGGACGAAGUAGUGUUGUUUUGCAGAUACACAACCCUUCAGACCAGCCUUUCUGAAACAUCAUUUCACGGUUGUAAGAGAUAUGGGUUUCAACCUUGUCAUGUUGAUUUCCUCCCUUAUUUUUGGUGCUGUUUUUCGCUGAUCACUCUUACUGGUGACAAUGCUGUUUAUCCUCUGCUUUUGUAGUAACUCUCUUUCAUCCAGGUCUUUUUCUGUUAUCAUAACUUCCAGGUUCCUCUAGUCUCUUCAGAGUAUAGUGGACUCCUUUGUUAAACACCUUUAGGCGUUUUGCAAUUUCUCUUUCUGUGUACCCUUCUUUCCUUAAUGUACAAAUCUGUACUUUUGUUUCUUUGCUCAGUGACUUCUUUCUUGCCAUUUUUUCAACACAGUUGAGUUUUAUUAGGAUUUUUGUAUGCAGACUCUCAAAAGCCAAAAAGUUGAAGUGAAUAAUCCAACUGUGAUUUGUUUUUUUGCUUUUCCACUGAAGUUGUGACUCUUGCAAAUGUUUUCAACCCUAAAACUAAGUCUUUAUCUUUUGCUGACAUAUAUUUAGCAAUGGUCUGUUAAUAUCGAUGUAUAUCUAAAGGUAAAUGGAGUAAAAUGGUGCAUUUCCAUGAAAGCAACAUCUGAUCAUGGAGUAAAUACAUCCCAAAAUACAUAAAACUCAUGCUGGAUUUUAAAAAAAGCAUUGUGAACAAAAACUUGAAGUUACUCCCAACUGUUGGCCUGUAAUGGCCUUGCUUUCAAACUUUUGGCCUGUAGUGUAUACGGAAAAAUACUGAUUAGCCUCAGAUAAAAGUUACCAUCUCCUCACUUGAGCCACUGUUGCUGACCAGACCAGAAAUGAUGAAAAGUAUGUCAUGCAAUUAUUGAUACCAUUUUGGAAAGUUGAUCAGUUUUGUUGGGUCUCAUCCUCUCUCGGUUUCUUUCUUUUCAGGCUAAAGUAGCCUUGCUGAAAGAGGAGGAAAUUGACCUAAUGAAGCAUAUUGAAGAAGUGGAGGCAGCCCUGCAGGAAGAAGAGGCCAAAUAUGAGCACAUGAAACAGCAGACUGAUGUAGGCCUAUCUCACUCAGCACACAGGGUGUGGAUGUAGUCGCAUUUGAAAUUCCCAUUAAACCUGCAGCUUCUGAUUCCAGGUGUUCUCUGCAGUACCAGAGAAGAACAUGGUCUUCAAAGGAUUGACAGGAGUGGAAGGUGACUCACAGUUUGAGAUGAAGCCACACAUCAUUUACCCGAUGGAGGGAGGAACAGCUCUGAUUACAUUUGAGGAAGAAAAGGGUGAGUUCGUUCAGGAGAUACUGUCACUGUGGGUUGUGUUUUGCACUGAUCACUCAAAAUUCAGAUACAUCAAGAAACUUAGGUACCAACGGCAAGCAUUCAGAGGUGCAUAGGAAACUAAUAUGCACUAGUGACAAACCACCUUCCAAAUUUACUCGUAGUUGCGAGGAACAUUGUGGAUAUGAAAGAGCAUUGCGUGAAUCUGGGCGGAGAGUGCUUCAUCACUGUAGGAGCCAGGCCAGUUCAGCUGUUGACGCCCAGUCUGGUGGAGGUAAGAAUUUUUCCACCCUUCCUAAGUCUGGUUACUGACAAUAUUCACUUUUCUGUGAGUGACCCACGCCUGUUGGUCCCAUAGAUACAGUCCGAGGUGAGCCCAAGAUGCAUAUUAAUCUCCAACCUGCCCAGGAUGGACACUGAGCCUCUGCUGAACAAGCUAGAGAUCCACUUCUCCAAGACAAAAAAUGGAGGAGGAGAGGUGGAGGACCGGGAAUUCCUGCCCGACUCUGGGACUGUGGUCAUCACCUUUCUGAAGUCCGACUGUGAGCAAGCUCUGUCCUUCAAAUUACAAAGCAAGAAUGGUUGAAUUCUGUCUCAGAUAUUGUGAGAAGAAGAUCAGUUUUAGAACAUUGUAGACUUUAGGGUCUUAAAAGCUCACUAUGUAUCCUCUUGUUGUAACAUCACAUAUCCACUGCAGUUGCCAGAGGUCUGGCAGAGACCGAGUUCCAUGACGUGGCACUUCUUCCACGCGGGAAAGGUCACAGAGUAAGGGUGACUCCUUUUCUCAACGGGACCGUCACAAAAUUUAAGGUGAGCAUUCAUGAGGUCAGUGCAGAGACUGCAGAUCUCAGCACUCUUUUUAACCCCUUUUGGAAAAUGUUGGCAUUUAAAACUUAUUUUUACUUGUCAACAAUUUAAGGGUCAAGCUUAAAUAUUCAACCGCACUCAAAGGAGAAAUGUUUAAGAAUGUGGGUGUUUAUUGAAACAGUAUGGUUGAGUUUAGCUGCAGCCUGCUACUACGCAGUUGUUUGCUGCUUGGUUCUAAUUUAGCAUGACUGGUUCAGCGUGAAGCGGACCCAGAGCAACUCCCCUUUUCAUUGGCUAUUUGUAUAGUCUACCAAAACAUGGCAGAAUGCCGACUAUCGAAAAGAAUAUUGACCGAUAUCAUUAUCGAGGGAAAUAAUUUUGGAUAUCCUAUAUUGUUAUCAUUUUAUUACCCAGCCCUACUGGGAAGUGGUCAAGUUUAGUCUGAAUGUUUAAAAUUCAUCAUAUUUUACUUUCUAGGAUUACAGAUCUUGCAAGUCCAGAAUCUAGUCCAGCUAAACGGGUCCCCUUCUUGUCUGUGACAUAAGAGAAAGAUGGACUUUGCUUUGUCUGUGUUCAAUUUCCAGACUAAGAUGAGGGUGUGUCCCCGGACAGUACUACUGACUGGGAUUCCUGCCGUCAUGGAGCGAGAGACCCUACAGGACCUGCUGGAAAUCCACUUCCAGAAAAGUGGCAACAGUGGAGGAGAAAUCGAAGCUUUCCUUUACAACCCGCAGGGCCACAAGACCUCAGCCCUGUUCACAGGUGUAUCAGAGAAAAAACAGGAAGAGUAGCCGGUGUACAUCAUUUAUCUAUAAUAGUACUAUCAGUCCAAUCAGGUAAGGCUGUAACUGCACUACAAUAAGGGCUGGAUCUAACUUCACCAAACAGCUACCAUGUACCCAUUUAACCUUUCAGAUAAAAGCUGGAACUCAGCACAGGGACCUGCCUCCUGUUUUAGGGUGUUUUUGGAAUUUUAACCAUCAUUGAAGUAAAUUCUCUCAGAUAUCUGUCAAUGUCUAUGUGAAGAACUUAACUGUUCACUGAAAUCUGUGAUGGGUGUUUUAUGUGCAUUAUUAAGAAGUUUUACAUUUAUGGAAAUAAAGAUUGUAUCAUGAUGUAAAUACCUCAUCAGCUUCAGAGUGUUGGAGUGUGGAGGACUGUUGAGCACUGAGAUGUAAAGAAAACAAAGUGAGACUAAAGUCAAAUAAGGUUUAUUGUAAAAAUGUCAAAGCAGGAUAAAAGUAACAGCACAUAAAAAAGAAACAGAACUAAACUGACAUUACUCAAAGAAUCCAGCUACAUCCCAUAGUGCUCAAACUGAAAACAAAAACAGCAGCAACAGUGAGAUCCACAGAUGAAACAGCAAACAAACUGAGGUCAGGCACUUAGACAGAGAAGGACAGUCCUAUGGUGUGUGUGUGUGUGUGUGUGUGUGUGUGUGUGUACAAACAACAUUACAUUCAAAGAAUGGAAAACCAGCAAAGGAAGCACAUCUCGCAGAGAAUACAGAGAAAAAAAACACCUGUGAUACAGUCAAGUACUUUGGAAGACGGCCAAAUUUUCACAGCAUAAAAAGGACAAAAAUAUAUAAUUUAAGAUUCUAAAAUAACAAUAUUUUUGUUACUAUACAAUGUUUUCAUGAUGAUUACACUCAAACUAGUGCAGGAGCAACUGCCAGCAUCUAACAGUCUUUCUCUUGUACAGCGUAGAGGCUACCAUUUGUGCAUGUUCAGGUUCACUUAGACCCUGCCGUCUUAUCUAAAUCUUUCCUUUUUGUGCAGUCAAAGUCGGCACAAACAAAAC